AUGAGAAAGGAAGCUGCCAAGUUCUGCAAUGUUAGCAGGUCCAUUGGCACCAAGCAAGAGGUGACCAUGACAGAGCACUGGUUAUCAGAGAAAGAAGCCCUUGAAAAAUGGGGAGAUGAUUUGGAAAAACAUUGCGCCAGUGGCAGGGAAGCACCCAAAGCACUUGAAGACUUGCCACCAGAUGAGCAGCAAGUUGAGUGCAUCAAGAAGCUCCAAAAAACGAGGGAUUUAGUGCAGCAAUGCAUGACAAACUAUGAAGAAGCACUUGAAAAAGUGAAAGACAUGAAGUACCUCGCAAAGCCUGCCUUCAAAGAGAAGGAAGCACAGCUCGCAAAGCUGGAAGCAACACUUGGGAAAGUGAAGAAACAACUUGCAAAAGGUGACAAGGGAAAGGUCAGCAUCACCAAAGAUGUCUUGAAAGAAGCUGUGGCCACCAUCUCAGAAGCCAAAGAGGAAGCCAAGGAGCUUGUCCAGAUCAGCAUGAAGACCCAAUCCAAAAGUUCCAGAAAGUGA